AUGUGUGAUUUGUCGACGAUCAAGAGAUCCGUCUGUCAUGGAACCACGAGGAAUCGGCUGAAAGCCGUAAAGCUAACCAAAUGGGAGCUUCCAAUCACGAGUUCGAAGUCAUACUGGAACGGAGUUUGCGCGGAGAUCGAGAAGAAGUAUAAAAGAGUAAGAGAUCCUUAUCCCUCCCCUCUCCCCGAGCCCUCAACGCCCUCCAUAACCCAACACCAACGUCCCGAUGACAUAAAAUUUAAGAUAUCGCCUCCUUCGCCCAUGCGCAAGCCAGAGGAGAAUUUAAUUGCAACCGAUAGAAAGCUCCGAUUGCCGCCUUUGACGCCUCGCAAGCGAAAGCCUCCCGAGGCGAAAGACGCCGUGCAAAUAUACUCGAAAGAGUCCUGUCCGCGGCACAAGAACGUCGCGAGCGUCAAGAUAUUCGACGACGAGAUCUCGAGGUACCUGCAGAGACCGAAAAGCUCAGUUCCAAAGCUACCCGAUGUAUCCGAGUGCGAAAGACAUCGAACGAUAGCUCGAAGCAAGUUUACCUCGGCAUCGUCCUCGAGGAGCAGUCUGAGAUCCGUGAGAGAUCAUACUCAGGGACGAAAGCUCGUGAAAGCUCCGAAACUCGGCACGGCGAGUCUGUUGCCGAGCUUCGCCAAAGCCGUGUCUACUGACAGCUCCGUUGGCACUCGGGAAUCCUUUGAUUCCGGAGAGGAGACUCCGAAAGCUCAGGCUGAGGAUGAAUCGAGUGCCAAGAGAGACUUUCUGAGAGUGCCAAAUUUGAGCUUCGUCAGCUCGCAUCCUAGCUUUAGAAAGCUUUCGUUCGUUGACUCUUGCGACGAGGAUGACAACGAGGUCGAGUCGAGAGAUAUCUCGUUGAUGCCCGAGGAGGAAUUGUUGAUCGCGAAGAGAAGCUUGAGGACUGAGAAGAAGAGUUUGAGUUUCAAAAGUGAGAGUAUUGACGAAAAUGAAAAAGUGAGCGAGAUGAAAGAAGCGGUGGUUCCCAAUAUCGUGGAUUUAGAGGUAAAAGUUGAUAAGAGUCUAGCAGAUUACGAUAAAGAAUAUGCCUACAAGGCCUUGGAGGUGAUAACGAAGAACAAACACAUGGAAUUCAAGGUCGACGUCGAUAUCACUAGUGGAAAAUCGUCUACACCGUCUGAAGAAUCGACGAAAUUUCAAACUGCUCAGCCCAAAAUCAAGAGACGUCCCAAAAAAGCUGACGAGUCCCUGGAUUUCAAAGAAAUUCGCAGGAGGUUGAAAGACACCGCAUCGAAGUUUUUAAACCUCGAACAGCGAGACAAAUCUGUGACUGACGAGCCUACCUCGAUAACAGUGUAUACCUCGUCGCGCAGUACUUCCGGAUCGAGCGUAGAUUUUGAAAACUACGUUAUAGCCGUCGAUGCUUCCGACAUUCUACACGAAAUCCCAAAGACCAAAGUUUUCCACAGAGCCUACGUUGACAAGUGCCACGCUUGUCUAUACAAGCCGUUCAGAAGUCCUGAUAAGGCCAAACGCGAGUUGCCGCUCGCUACUCUCAAAUCUGUUGUCGAAAAUCCUCCAGAAUUUCAGGAACCUAGCUCCAGCAGCAGUUCCACACUCGAGAUUCUAAGAGCUGAGUCAGGCUUGGACACGGACGACGAUCUUUUCGAAUUUCCAGAAUUCGAAUUUUCACCGGAGACCGAUGCAGAGAUGAAAAAUGGUUCAAAGGAGCUGCCACGAGUGUCUUUUAACAAUCGAAAUCUCCUACCCGUUCUUAAGACCAACGUUGAAUCACCGACAUCAACGGACGCAACGACGCAGUUGCACAAGGAACAGCUGCAAUUGAAAGACCGGUCCACGUCCUUGCAGUCAACCGACCGUUCGAGAACCUCAACACCCAGUAACCAAAGCUCUGAUUCCGAAGAGUCUCGUCUUCAGGAGGAGGACAAACUUCCAAACUCCAAGUACAUGGCUCCGUGCCAUGCACCAGUUGUCUGGCGUAAAAGUUUCGACCCUUUACGUGCGUUAAAGCAGAAAAAGUUUCAAACUCUACGUGCCAGAGCUGCUGCCAUGACGGCAAAGUCCAGCGAAGCUAGCGCAAGUGAUAGCGAUGACGAGGAACCAGUAGCUGGUAAAAUCUUGGGGAAGAAUGCAAUCCAGCAAGAGCCACAAACGGUCUCGGAAACCAAGCCAAAAAAGGUGAAAAAAGUCAAGAAGAAUAAACUUGUGAGGAUGAAAACUAUGUCGGAGAAGAUGAUGGAAGGAGUUACUCUAGUGGAAAGGAAGAAGGCAAAGAAGACACUGAAAAGAGCCAAGACUACCUUCGACCUCACGGUCUUUUCCGACGAGUCCAACAAUGAAGAUUCCGAACAAGGGGAGAUGAGUCUUGAGACGACUUCCUCGAAGGUUGAGAAACAAGAGGUAUUGCCCUAUGCCGAGGCUAUUCUCAUACAUAGAGCAGCUUCACCUCCACCGCCAAUCAUGUCUGCUGACGACGUAUUCGGAGUCAUCAAGGAGUACCUAAAGCAAGAUCCUGAUUUCAGUGCGUCGGAGCUCAUGACGAAACUUAGCGCAGAGUUUGUCCGACGAAUGGAGGAAAGGUGCGAGAACAUCGACAACAAAGAGAACGCGGAGCAACUUAGACUAGGUUUAGAAUUGUUCAAAGCACUGGGCGAUUCCAGGCGAUAUCUUAAAUCCUCUACCUUUGAUCCUAACCUUGAAUUCUCCCACAAACAGCCUCCACUCACCAAUUCCCGUCAGCUGAGGCGUAUCCUACCGCCCAAUUCCUAUGAACUGGUCGCUCCUAUACUGGGCAUGCCUAAGUAUGCCAAGAAAUCCGGGAACAAGAAGACGAGAAUUAGAGGUGACAGCUCUGUCGAUGAAUCAGACAAUGUUUCGGAACUGACUUUCGAUCUUAUCGUCCAUCCGCCAACGGCUCAAGACACUCUCAGAGGCAACAGAUUCGACGACAAUCAGCUGGUUAACCCGUACGCCCUAUUCCUGAAGAAACCCCAGCGAAAGGCGGUUGUAUGGCGUCCGUUGCGCGAGGAAGACUUGAGGGGCUACGAUCCCGAGGCGACCCUGGAAAUGCGAGCGGCCCGAGUGAUGGACAGAAUCUGCAAAGAUUUCUGCGACUGGAUGAAACAACUUGGCGGCAGCGACAAGGUCAUAGACGAAGAUACCCUCAAGGACAUGUUCGAGAUCAAUUUCAUGGCUGAGGCUUGCAAGGCUAUGCAGGUGGUAUUACGCGAAAUGCCAACGGUACCAGGGGCUGUAGUAGCGGCAACCGGUUGUCGUGAGGCCGGCGAACUCGAGUCAACGCGUCGUCAGAUCCGUGCCGAUCUAAAAAUGAGAAAGCGACCCAAGUGUACUUUCGCUUUCGGUAGCGCACUGCCGAAGCACUUGAGAUUCGUACCACUUCGGAACGAAUUGUCCAGUAAAUGGUUGCGUUGCGAGUAUAUACCCGAGGACCUCGAGACCAUGGAUGUGGUCUGGAAGGACAUCGUGCAUUUUGAUAUCGUUCAGUCGUUCAUCGGCUACUUGAAGGAGAAUCCAAAGGUAUGA